UAAAGAGUUUGGUUAGUUGUAGGGAGCGCACAAGGCAAUUCGCAUACAAAACAACGCAAAACGACAAAACCGUUUUCACAGUCAUUCACAGUCUAAACUUUUAUCAGCCGGGUUUUCUUACAUUCACAGGAAGGAUUUCAAGUUUACUCAUUGUAUCGCAGCAGGGUACUAUUUGCAUGAGCGCAGUAGAACUUUCUUCAGUUGAUUUUUCCGAGAAUCGUUUUUUUGAGUUACUCCAUUUAAUACCCUUAAUUUUAAUUUUAC